GCCCUUUCAGUGGUGAUGCUGCUCUCAGGAUGCUUUGCAUGUGGAAUGGAGAAUGGAUUCCGGGUCUACAACACCGACCCCCUGAAGGAGAAGGAGAAGCAAGAGUUUCUGGAAGGGGGAGUUGGCCAUGUGGAGAUGUUAUUUCGUUGCAACUACUUGGCUUUAGUAGGUGGUGGGAAAAAGCCGAAGUACCCACCCAAUAAAGUGAUGGUCUGGGAUGAUCUGAAGAAGAAGACCGUCAUUGAGAUUGAGUUCUCCACAGAAGUCAAGGCCGUCAAGCUUCGACGGGACAGAAUUGUGGUGGUCCUGGACUCCAUGAUCAAGGUGUUCACGUUCACACACAACCCCCACCAGCUGCACGUCUUUGAGACCUGCUACAACCCUAAAGGUUUGUGCGUCUUGUGCCCCAAUAGCAACAACUCGCUCCUGGCCUUCCCGGGCACACACACGGGCCACGUGCAGCUCGUGGACCUGGCCAGCACGGAGAAACCCCCCGUGGACAUUCCCGCACACGAGGGUGUCCUGAGUUGUGUUGCCCUCAACCUACAGGGGACUCGAAUCGCAACUGCAUCUGAGAAGGGGACCCUUAUCAGAAUAUUUGAUACCUCAUCAGGGCACCUGAUCCAGGAGCUGCGCAGAGGCUCUCAGGCAGCAAACAUCUACUGCAUCAACUUCAACCAGGACGCGUCCCUCAUCUGCGUAUCUAGCGACCACGGCACAGUGCACAUUUUUGCCGCUGAAGACCCAAAAAGGAAUAAGCAGUCCAGUUUGGCAUCUGCCAGUUUCCUUCCGAAAUACUUCAGCUCCAAGUGGAGUUUCUCCAAAUUCCAGGUCCCCUCCGGCUCGCCGUGCAUCUGUGCCUUUGGGACAGAGCCCAACGCUGUCAUUGCCAUCUGCGCCGACGGCAGCUACUACAAGUUCCUGUUCAACCCCAAAGGGGAGUGCAUCCGGGACGUGUAUGCACAGUUCCUGGAGAUGACCGAUGACAAGCUGUGAGCCUUCUGGCCUGGACACGGUGCUGAUGCCGCAGGUGCCCAGGCUGCCCCCUAGUUCCUGGGGUGGCCCGGUGGCCCUCACCUUGAAGCCAUAUGUGGUGGUCUGCUUACCCAAGAAAGCGCGCCUUUCCAGUAUUACAGAGCAGUGCGGCUGUCGAGCACUGGGAGGCCCUCUCCAGGGAUCCACUUGUCACCUGUGACUUGGCUCAGCAACUCGCUGCACCCUCCACACCAGAUGGCGCCAUGCAGGGGCCGCCCUGAGAGCCCGGACACUUGGACCUUGGUUUUUGGCAGCAGAUUCCAUUACGUCAUCAACUUAGGGAAAAUGAUCACAUAUGAACGUGAAUCCCCCAGUGUCACAGGAUCAAGAUACAAAAGUAAUUCCACCAGCAGCAGCCUUAGAACAGGAGGAAGGGCUUCCUUCCCAAGUCGGCACUGAAGCAGAGACCCACUGUCAGCACGUCCUGAUGUGUCCCUGCUGUAAGUUUGAGUCGUGGUCUCUGCCUGUCUGUAACGUCGUCUGGCAUGUGCGUCCGUCGCUGGGCUUUUGGAAUGGAAGCAAACACAGGCCUCCGGUACAGCUCUCCUCCCCAGAGGCUGCAGCAACCUCGUGGUUCUGUCACGUGAAGGCAGCACGGUGGGACCGAGGCUUCACCCCCAUCACAGACGUGGCUAGUGCGGGCAGCACCGUGCCCCCCCGCCGCUCGCUCAUGGGACUCAGCCUCGUCCCACCUGCCAACGCCCCCUGAACUCCCCAACAUUUGCUUCCUUCCUGACAUCUGUAAGGAUAGCCACACACACUUGGGAAAGGCACAUAACAUUUUUAACCUUUGGUAAUAAGUAAAAUAAGUUAUGGGCUCUUAUGUCAUUAGUACUAUUUGAGGUAUAUAUUUAAGUUUCCUCAAUUUCCUUUAAAGAGACUUGAUUUUGUGUUUCAUGUCAGAUUGCAGACAUUUAAAAUCCACAUCACAGCCCCUUCUGUUUGUCAGUUUCUGUCCUGUAAUCAGCUAACUUUGUGGAUUUUGAUGUCAAGUAUGCAUGUUACUUUUAUGUGUAUUUAAUCAUGAAAUUUAAUUUUGCACACUUAUUUGUAAUGUUUCUCUUAAAUAAAAGUGACUAAUUUUGUUGUACUCCA